AUGUCUGACAAUAUAAAGUCCAAGGACCUGGAGUAUCUCGAUCGCUCCCCUUCAAAACCCUCCUCCUACCGCAACGUCCAGACUGAUGCCGUUUUUGGAGAGAUUACCGAGGACGGCCCCAACUAUCGUGGACUAGGAUGGUUCGCUACUUCGAUUCUCAUGACCAAGACAAUGAUUGGAUUGGGCGUUCUGUCCAUUCCUGCAGCAUUCGAUGUCUUGGGUCUCAUUCCUGGAACAAUCUGUCUCUUGGCCAUUGCCACGAUGAAUAUCUGGUCCAUGUUCGUGGUUGGAACGUUCAAGCUAAAUCACCCGGAGGUUUAUGCUAUAGAUGACGUCGGCUACAUGUUGUUUGGCGUCCCCGGACGAGUGGUUUUCGGGGCGAUAUUCUGCACCUAUUGGAUUUUUGUCUCUGGAUCUGGAAUGCUCAGUGUCUCAAUAGCCUUGAAUGCAGUCUCAACUCACGCCACCUGUACUGCGACUUUUGUGGCCAUUGCCGCCAUCGUCACCUUUUGUCUGACCAGUAUCCGCACCCUGGGUCGCAUGAGUUGGAUUGCUUGGGUUGGUCUGUUCAGUACCAUGGGCGCUAUCCUCACCCUGACUGUUGCUGUCGGCGUCCAGGACAGACCCGCAAGUGCACCGCAGGUGGGCCCUUGGAAGCCAGACUAUGAAUUGUUCAAAAAGCCAUCUUUCCAGGAGGCUAUUACAGCAAUCUCCACUAUGAUAUUCGCAUACGCAGGCGCCAGCGCGUUCUUCGCUAUCGUGGCCGAGAUGCGUGACCCGAAGUACUAUGCUAGAUCACUCACCAUAUGCCAAAGUCUCGUGACUGCAACUUACUUGAGCAUUGCCGUUGUCGUAUAUUGCUUCUGUGGAUCUUACGUAGCAUCACCUGCUCUUGGGUCUGCGGGCGUUCUCAUGAAGAAGGUGUGCUAUGGGAUUGCUAUUCCUGGCCUCCUUGCAUCAACAAUCAUUCUGUCUCAUUUAUCGAGCAAAUAUCUAUUCAUUCGCUUACUUCAUGGUACUGAGCAUCUGACUGCGAACACUGCCCGCCAUUGGAUAACCUGGUUCGGCUGCACAUUUGGUGCCACUAUCACCGCAUAUAUUAUUGCCAGUGCCAUUCCUGUGUUCAACAGCCUGGUAUCACUUAUUGGUGCACUGCUAGGCACACUCAUGUCAUUCCAGCCCAUGGGUUGUAUGUGGCUCUAUGAUAACUGGAAAGGAGAGCGAACACGCACUUGGUACUUGAUGGUAACCUGGAGUAUCUUCAUGAUUAUUAUAGGAACCUUUUUCAUGGUAGCCGGCACCUAUGGAUCAGUGGUUGAAAUCAUCAAUGGUUACAAAGAGUCUGGAGGUUCAGCUGCCUGGUCAUGCGCUGACAAUUCCAACUCUGUAUAG